AUGCGACAGACUCGACUCGACGAAAGCAAGAAGAACAUUCGGAAGGGGGAGAUGGAGAAGUCCAAGGACUCUGCCGAGGCACAAGCAACCGCUGGAUCCAAGCGUAAAGAGCCCGCCGCUGAUGCAGACCCAAAGCUAACGAAGGAGGAGAUCCAGAAUCGCAACAAGAACCGAAAGACAGAGCCCUCAGUUGCGGAUGAUCAAAACGACGAGGACAGCACGACAGGGCAGAAUGGCGAUCAGGACGGAGCCUCGUCACCGGUAAAGCUGUCCGGCGACCAGCGCAAUGUCGACAGCAAGCUCAAGGGUGACGAUGUUGAGAUCAAGAGUGGCGACUCGCGAGACAAGAAAGAGGUGCCUUGGCACGUGACAGAGAAGGGAGUGGUCUACUUCUUCUACCGACCCAAGGUGAUGUCGAGCGACAAGGCCGAGUCGAACAGCACAAAGUCGUUGGACGACGUUCAAAGCACAUCCAUGCUGCUGGUUCCAAGGGCAAGCGAGUCGGACACAGCACCUGCUGUUUAUGCAGCUAACGACAAGGGCUUUGCUGAGGAUGGUCAAGACGACAAGAGGAAGCCGCCCAACCUGACUGCUUACCGUCUUAUCUCGCUCGGAAAGAAGCGCAUGCCCAGUCCCGAAGCGGCUCUCAAACGCGGACAAGAGCCCGGAGGGAUCGGUGGUCGUCACAGUGAGGCCAUCUGGGCCACAGUGGCCGACAUCGGUGCUGAUCUCAAGGCAGUGGCCGAUGGUAUGGGCGAAGAGCACUACUCUACAAAGACACGAGGCGAUCGGAUCAAGCCAGCAGCUAGACCUGCAGGGCGCGGUCAUUAUGCGCUGAGCAUCAAAAAGACAGGUCCGCCUUCGUCGCGCGAGGUGCGCCUCACGUACCACCUCUCCCACCCAAGCCGCGACGACUUUGGACAGGUACAGCAAGAGCUUGGUCUGCACACCGCGUCGUCGGUUCUCGUGCAGAUGCGCAACCCAACGCUCGCUCCUACGGGGCCAGGUGCACCAGCAGCUGGCCUCCCUGAGGAUCAGCGAGCAAUCCUGACCAAAGACGAGCUGCAGGAGAAUUUUGGUGGCGACGUGAACCAAAAUGGGAACCGGUACGCACCACCGGAAGAGCCGGCACUACUGGAUCGCAAGGGCGUCGAGCUCUUAUUGAUCAAGCGAGAGCAGCAAGAGGACGAUGGCUCGAAGGGCCUUGGUGACAAACAGAGUGAAGCGCUGGCCAAGCUAGCGCAGCAUGACAGCGACAACUUGUCGGACGAGGCAAUCCUCAAAGAGCUUGAGCUGUCUAGUAAGGAGAUCGAGGUCGAGGCCUUGUCGGGCGAAUGGAUCUGA